AUGAAAGCUCAUGGAAGAGAAUCUAUGUCUUCCAUCGAUGCAAGUGUCGAUUCCAACUCAACAGUAAAUUUGAUUUCUGUACGUCGGAUUCGAGAUUCUUCUGUUGAACCAAUGUAUAUCUGGAUGUAUCAGUCAAAUAUCGAUUCAUGGGAUGAUACUCAAACUGCUGAAUGGACACCGUAUCCUGAUGAUGUAUCAGCGGUGAUAGAACAAGCGUUCAAUGCUGGUCUUGGACACAUAUUCAUUGACCAAUGUUAUAAGAUAGAUUUAGAAAAACUCGUUCAAGUCAAUAUUGAAGAUGUACAUCGACAACGUCGUAUUCGGCGACAGAUUUGUAUGCUGUAUGUCAAUAAUAACGAGAACAUUGAAGAUAAAACUGGAAUUCUUAAGAGACUAUGUUUUCCCUUGGAAACGAGUCCACGAAACAGCACAGCGAUUGAUACACUAUAUCGUGGCUCACCAUUUAUUCGAGAUUGGUUAUUGACAUUUAAUUAUGGCCAAUUUGUUUUGACAUUUGAUACCAUCUUUCCAGCCCUACUGAAUGGUCUGAAGGAUGAAGGUGAAAAAGAAAAUGAGCAAAAAAGUAUUAUUAGCGAGAUUGUUCAAGAAUUGAACGCUGUUCGAGACAAAACUUCUGAAAACAAAGAGCGCGAUCGUAUGAAAAUGUUAGCAAAUUGUUGUGCCAAACUGUACACAAAACACUGCUACAUUUUUAGAGUUGUCAACACCGCUCUACGUGAGAAUGAUCGAGAAAAGCUUCACACUCUAGGUCCCUAUUGUUAUGUACUUUAUAACUAUGUUGGUCGUCCAUGUGAAGAUUUUUUUUCUAUUCGUCGUUAUUUUUGGCAUAAAUUUCAUGCAACUGAAUCGUCAUCGGUGACUGUCUAUCGUGGAGAUUAUAUUACUAGUGAACGAAUAGAAGAAUACCGUCAGGCAGCUGGAAACAAGCAUAAAUAUUUUAAGUGGCUUCCAUUUGUUUCUACUUCACUCAAGCAAAAUGUAGCUGAAAAUUUUGGUUUCAAUGUUACGUAUGUGAUUGAACUUCGACGACAUUCAUGCGAUGAUCAAUUUACAUUCUUAGACCAAAAUACUCAUUAUAAACAGGAAGAAGAAUUACUCUUGCGACCCGGAACACGAUUUCGAGUGACUGCAGUACAAUAUGAUAAUCUUACUCAACGACCAUUGAUUUAUAUUAAAAUUCUCCCAACAUACGUGUCGCAUCUCAGAUGA